UCAUAGAGUGGCGGCGGCGGCGACAGUCACUCGACAAACACUGGUGCCGCCGCUCCCCUAGCGUCCACGAGGCUUGUCUUGCUUCCCUGCGCUCGCCUCCUUCCUUUGUGCUGUUGUUGCUGUUUGUUCUUUAUGCGGAAGCCUAAAAUCGUAUUACCAUAUUCAGGGGAGUGAUUAACGACGUGUAAUUGUUCGUUGUUUGCGUCUAAUCAUUGUAAUCACUGCAGGUGCAAGGGCGGCUAGGUCGCGGCCACCAGCAGAGGAUCACCCACUCACGCCGCCGCUCAGUCCUGCCAACACGACUCGGAGACCUUGGCUCGCGCCAUGGGGUCCAUCGGGGACUUCGCUCAGGAGUUUUGGAACGUGGAGGCGGGGGACUUCGGCGGCUGGGACGUGGUGAGCCAGCGAGCCAAGGAAGGGGCGAAGGUGACCGCCGGCUGCAUCGACAUCAUGAAGCAGGUGGCCGUCGCGCUGGACACGUUCGGGAAGACGCUGCUCCGUGUCGCCCGAAGCUCGUCCCUGCCAGACCAGGAGCACGGGGAGCUGAGGACGUCCCUGCAGGUGGCCAAGGUGGGCGUGGAGGCGCUGGGGCAGGACGCGACGGAGGCGGCGGCGGCAGUCACCUCGCAGGCCGCCCAGCUGUCCCACCACCUGGCGGAGGCGAGACUCACGCGCCGGCGGACCGCUGAGGACGUGAAGCGGCGGCAACAACAAGUGAAGGAGGGCGUGAGGCGCGUCCAGCAGGCACGACGCCAUGCACAGCACAAGAUGAGGGAACUCGUGGAUGCUGAGUCCCACCGGAUGAUCCUGGACGCCCGGACCGACGCCAAGGCCAAGGAGAAAGACAAGGCGAACCAGGCGGAGGGUCGCGCCGCGGAGGUCCUUCGGGAGGCGGAGCGGCAGCACAAAGACACCGUCGAGGCCCACAACUUCGCCCUCGAGGCCUGGUGCUCCGCCGCCGCCACCUCCUUCAGGAACAUGCAGGAUUUGGAGGAGUCGAGAGUGAGGUUACUGCGGGACUCCUUCUGGGCGGUGGCUAACGUGUGCUCCCUCCUCGCCGUCCACAUUGACCAGCACCAGGACGCCUUGAGGGCCGCGCUGUUGCAGGUGAACGUCAGCGAGGAGGUGAAGGCGUGGGUGUCGCAGCACAGGACCUCCCAGACGCAGCCUAUCCCCCUCGUGUACACCCCUGUGGCCCACCCCCCAGACACGCCCACGCCCUCCUCCUCGGCACGGUCCACGCUCGACUCCAUGGCUCGCUACUCCACCAUCACGGAAAUGUCACAGAGCAGCGAGGGUAGCGUCGGCGCCAGUCCCGUCCCCGUCAGGAAAGCCCGAGCGCUGUACAAGUUCGCAGCCAGGAGCGGAAGCGAGGUGUGUUUGGCGGCGGGGGAGGCGGUGGUGGUGAUGGAGGGCGGCAGUAAGGAAUGGAGUCUAGUGCAGACGGGGGACGGCAGCCUCGGCUUCGUGCCCACCAAGUUCAUCACAGCCCCGCCGAAGGAGGCCUAGCAAUAAGGAUGACUGACGUAGCCUUUCUCUUCCUCCUCCUCCUCCUCCUUCUCCAACUCAACCUAUCUUUCCUUUUACGAUUGUUACCGUUUAAAAGAGGGUUAUGUCAGUUUUUUUAUAUAGUUUGAUUACAUUACUUGGUUACAUCAGGUUAAUACUUUAAUAAGUCAGGUUAGGUUACACUGGGAAAGCGAUUGUAACUGUUAGAGAGGUAUUGUCACGCCGCAGGAGUUUGAUUAUACAUUACUUGGUGAGAUCAGGUUACGUUAAUAACUGGUAGUGUUAGUACGUUGCAGUGGGAAAGCGAGGAUGGACUCACUCGCUCUUAUUACAGUUACGUUAAAGGGGUAUUGUCACGUUAUUUUGUGGAGUUGAAUUACCUUACUUGCUGAGAUCAUGUAACUUUAAUACUUGGUAGGGUCAGGUUACUACAGUGGGUAAGCGCGGACGGACUCAAUCGCUAUUAUUAGUUACUUUCGUGUGAAUGAAUAUACGUGUUCUUCCUUUGGUACGUGUUUGGCUCAAGUCCCGCCCCGUGAGUACACAUAAUAAAGAGGCAUUGCCGUUCUUACGUAUUACGA